CUAUAAUAUUCUAAUACUAUGUGCAUAUGUAAUGGGUAUUACUGGGUUUAAGUUGAUAGUCAGGGGCGUCUUUGUGCAUGGAGUCGCUUUGAUCCUCCAAAUCCAACUGUUUCAAGAAGGAAUGUUACAUUAACUGAGGACACGCAUGCCAUCAAACACAUCACCAGCCCCCAAUACAGCAGAUGUCCGUCAUCGCAUCACAUGUCCACACAGAGCAGCUGUAGCUAAGUUUAGCCUCCAUCAGGUCACACAGGAGAGACACACACUGUUGGUGUUUUAACACCCAUAGGAGAAGAUCUGACAUUGCGUGGGAAAGAUUAAAAAACAUUCUGCAGUUUCGAGAGGCGUGAGUCUGUGUUUUUUUUCCUUUGCUUUUAGCCUGUGUUGAAUUUUGAACAGGUGUAAGAUUUCCAUAAAAUAAACAUACAAAUGAACACCGUGAGCGCAAGCCAGCAUCUCACGACAAAAUGUGCGAUGUAGACUGUGCUUGUAAGUAUGCAUUAAAGCAAUGUUGUUUGCAUGUUUCAGACAGACGGUGGCUUAACAUCAAUCACAUGAUCGUAAACUGCAGCACAACUUGUAGCCUGAUAUUGAAAACAAAUACCACCAACAUGUUGUUUCUCUGCAUAAAAAUAAUAUCAUGACAUCAACCUGUGAUUUUAAAGCUGCACAGGUCACCAUAAGGUUGAAUGCCUCCCAGAAGGGCACAGCUUAUUCUAAUACCAGAAACUAAGCGCUCCUUUGGACACUUGUAAAAUCUUUUGAUGGCUUGGCAAAAUGUCCCCGGGUUUUGAUAUGGACCUGUGUAUGUGUUUCUAUUCCUAUCACCAUGGCGAUGAAGGCACAGAUAGGUGCCGCGGCAAACGUGCCCCUGGAAUCUUGGUCUGCAGACGGUAGCAGCUGUAUUUACCCAUGAGUUCAUCUGCCGGGAUAGACACUAAAACCCGGCCAGACCCCCCCCCGCCGCUGUGUAUGUGUUUGUUUGCCCUGUUUAUCCAUGCAUCUGCUCGCUUGCACGGUUGGCGUGUAUGUUGGAUGCAUGUAUUUGGGUGAUACUCCCUCCUGGACGCAGAGGAAAAGGGCAGCGGACAAACACAAAGCCAACAGAGCUGGGACAUCACAGAUAGAGACAGGAGGCUUUGGGACGGACUAAGUUUAAGGGCCAAAAUAAUGGGGGAUGGGGUGGGGGCCAGUUCACAGGAUUGUGUUUGUGGUUGUAGGGGGCAGUUGUUAGCCUUCCUAUCAUGGUGUCACAUGCGACAGAGCAGAACAAAAACAGAAGGAGGGACUUGACUAAGGACAUGCACUUUCCUCUCUUUUCCUCUCUCCUGUCUUUUCCCAUCAUUUCUUGCUCUUUGCUUUCAACAACUUGUAAUCCUGACCUCCUACUAAUGCCUGAUUCUCUUUCUCUUCAGAGCAGCUUGUUGGCUUCAUCUUUUUUGACAAGACUCCUUGCUGUUUGCCUGUGCUUUCUGCUUUUAAUGUUCUUCCUCUAACUUCCCUCUCACGUCUGCUUCAUUGCACCUUCCUAUCUAAGCUUUUUCUUAGCAACUUUUCUCCUCUUUUUGACUGUCCCUCAGUAGGUUACUUCCUCUCUCUUUCAAUCUCUUAUUCUCUCACCUACUAUCUUUUGGAUGGAUAGCUACUCACUCCUCUACAGUUCCUCCCACAGAACCAGGCUUCUCUCCGGCUUCCAGCGUCUGCGUUCUCAGAGAAACAUGUGUGAUGUCGUCCUAGAGGCCGGUGGUGUAUCUUUUCCUUGUCAUCGCGCCCUUUUGGCCAGCUCCAGCGAGUAUUUUUGGGCUCUGUUUGGAGAGACUACAGCGGAGAGAUUAGCUGGCUCCAUUAGCCUCCCGGCACUAACACCUGAGGGUUUAAACGCCAUUCUGGACUUCCUGUAUUCUGGCUGGCUUAACGUAUCACCGCCUACACUUCCUGUUAUCUUGGAGGCUGCCAGGUACUUGCAGGUGGAGACGGCUGUGUCAAUAUGCGAGUGCUUUCUGAUUGAUGGAUUAAAUGCUGAGAAUUGCUGUUGCUAUGCUAACCUGGCUGAGCAUCACACCCUCUUGGAUGCACUUAAGGCUGCCAAUCAAACCAUCACUAUGGAGAUGGGGACAUUGCUGCAGGAAAGCAGGGAUGACCUUCUGGGGCUGAAUAUCCAAUCAAUGAUGGCGGUGCUCGAUGCUGAUGAAAUACCUGGAGUCAAAGAGGUGGAGCUUAUAAAGCUGGCUCUGGAUUGGCUGGAUGAGAAUGGACCCCUCCCUCUGCUGAAAUCAAAUCUUCUGCUGAGUCGUCUGCGCUUCGGAUUGGUCGCCCCCUCUGACCUGACCAAUGUAAACCGUGGCCACAAAGCCAUGGCCACACCUCUAAUCAGAAGUCAGCUGACCCGGGCGUUGGAGUACCACAGGCUGGGUUCUGCUCAGCCAAUCAGACAGAGCAAACAGUCCACACUCAGAGCGUCACCCAAUCGUGUGCUACUUGUGGGGGGAGGAUCCAGCCCGGAUUGGCCGGAACAGCAGAUGUUGGUGUUUGAUCACAGAAGCAGGAAGUUUUCAUCUCUGAGCUCGAGCAUCCCGCUGCGACUGAGAAAUCACUGUGUAUGCUCAGUGGGUGGUUUCCUCUUCGUGGUCGGAGGAGAAGAAGUGAAAGAGGGAGACGAGGAUGGGAAAAAGUCAGUUACCGUGGCGACAUCCAACCAGGUGUGGCGCUACGAUCCACGCUUUGUCUGCUGGGAGAUGGUGGAGUCAAUGCUGGAGAGGCGGGUGCAGUUCACCUGCUGCAUCGUGGAGGAUGCCAUUUACGCCAUAGGGGGGCGACGCCCUGGACCAGAUGGCAACACACUCACCUCUGUAGCUUCUGUUGAGUUUUAUGACAUGGCCACAGGAGCUUGGAGGAGAGGAGCAACGAUGCCUCGCCCCCUUUAUGGCCAUGCUUCUGCUGUGCAUGACAACAGCAUCUACGUUUCAGGUGGUGUCCCGUGCAACCAGGGCGGCAGUAACCCUGUUGAUAACCAGGACGACCACAGAGCAAGCAGCAGAGAAGUUUGGUUCUGGGACCUCAAAGGCAGAGUCUGGGAGAAGCGAGCGCCCAUGUCCAUCGCCAGGUUCAACCAUCGCCUGGCAACCGCCCACGGCCACAUCUACGCCCUGUUGGGCAUGUACGAGCCUUUCUGCGAUAUUGAACGUUACGAUACGCAGUCAGACCACUGGACCCGCCUUCGACCGCUUCUCAUUGGCUCUUUCGACUACGGGAUGGUGUCAACGUCGUCUGGGAAUCUGCUGGUGUUUGGAGGGAGGAGAUGGAGCGACGGACAGGAGGUGAUAGUGAAGAGUGUGUUGGAGUACGAUACAAAGAAUGAUCGCUGGAGAGAGAUCUGCCAGCUCCCUAGACCUCUCACUGGGACUGAGUGCACACUGCUGCCUCUACCAGACUGAAGUUCACUUAGUGUGAGAAAACGUUAACAUGAAAGUGACUGAUGCAACAUAGUCUCAACAUAAUGGGAACAGAGCACACAUGACUAACAUUUUAGGGAACUGAAACUAUUACCAUAAUUUCCCAUUUUGGGAUAAAAAAGAAAAAGAAAAUCAAUCU